GUACCUUUGUAUAUUGUCGCUGCUGUCAAGCACUUAACUACGUAGAAUUGUGAGAUAAAUCGGUAUAUAUUUUGUUUUGUCUCAGCGGACGUCCUAUCACUGUUCUUUGUUGGGAUUCGCCUUCUGCGCCAGUGUGUGUAAAGGCUGCUUUCUCAACGGAUCUACGCUUUAUUUUAUUUUAUUUAUUUUUUAAUCAUCCUCAUUUCUAACGAAGACAAAGAUGUUGAAAAACGCUGCGUUCCUCGCGUUAGCUGGUCUACUAACAUUGGCCUCAGCCUCCACGGAUACAUGUUUCCAUGAUGUAUCCAUGGAUUGUAGCCAGUCUUCUAACAGCCUUGCUCUGCCAAGCUGUAACGCGAUCUAUGGCAACUUCGCCCGUCAAGGCAACGUGGCCAUAGAACUACAGGCGUACGCCAACCUCCACCUGCGGAGGUCUUACGAGUUCUUGCUGUCAUCCGCCUACUACAACAACUAUCAGACAAACAGGCAGGGCUUUAGCAAACUCUUCAGGAAGUUAUCCGACGACGCCUGGAGCAAGACCGUGGACCUCAUCAAACAUAUCACCUUGAGAGGUGGUUCCAUGGACUUCAUGGUCCGCAGCGCUAUAGAAUCUGUUAAGAACAGCACUACAGAGCUCCAAGAGCUGGAAGCGCUGGCUCAUGCUUUGGACGCCCAGAAGGAGAUGGCUGAGAGAGCCUUCUACAUCCACCAGGAGGCUACGAGGAACAAUCAUAAGACUCAUGACGCUGAGAUCGCUCAAUACCUGGAAGAGGAGUACAUUGAAGAUCACGCUAAGAUCGUCCGCGACCUGGCCGGCUACACCACAGACCUCAAGCAGUUCAUCACAGCCAACAGCGGCCAGGACCUCUCGCUGGCCUUGUACCUCUUCGAUGAAUAUCUGCAGAAGACAGCAUAAAUGAUUAAUCAAUAAUACAUAGAGCACAUAUGUGUAGUGUUUCAAUAAAUUAUAACAUACGAGAAAAAAACAGUUUUAUUUCGUUUAUAAUAAAUAAAAUUACGUAUGUAGUUAUUUUUUUAAUCUGUUUAGUGUAUAAUUUUACUUCUGCCGUGUUUUGUUUUUAUCUGUUCCAAAUGUCAUUAGUGUAUAGCGUCAGAUAAAAUAUUAAAAUAU